AAGAGGAAGAGAGAAGAAGAGGAAGGUGUGUUUCCGAUGACAAGGCUUGAAAGACCUGGUGGUGGUGAGCGAGAGUUUAAAGCAGAGGUGUGCACAAUUGGGAACAUUCAACAUGUUAAUCUUGUAAGAUUAAGAGGGUUUUGUUAUGAGAAUUCUCACAGGCUUCUUGUUGAUGAUUACAUGCCUUGUGGUCCUUUGAGUGUGUAUUUGAAGAAGGAUGGUCAAAGUUUGACUUGGAAUGUUAGAUUUCAGGUUGCAAUGGGGACUGCCAGAGACAUUGCCUAUUUUCAUGAGGAGUGUAGAAAUUGUCUCAUACAAAGUGGUAACCAACAUUGA